ACCAAUUCUCAGUCCCUCGUGUGCCUCGAUUUUUGCGGGUUUGGAAGUGGCGCCUCCAGUCAUCUGGAAGCUCUCCUUAUUGUCGCUCAUUACUCGUAACCACCCUCGUUCAUGGCUUAAACCUCGGUUUCAGUUGUGUUUCAAGCAUUGCGAUAGACAAAAUAACCCACGUCAUCAUCAUUCGGUGUAAAUUGUUGAGUCUCGCUUGAUGCUUUGUUGGGCGAGGACCACGACCAUCGUGCAGCCCAAAGGACAGCAAUGUCGCCCUCUGCAAUGCACAAUAAGGUCACACCGCCCUACCAGCGACCUAAUUUAUAUAUUCACGGUAUCGGCGUUGAGUAUCCUCCUCACGAGAUCAAGCCGGAACAAUUGGCCACUCUCGCAAAGCGCCACUAUCCCAGUUCUCCAGCACUUGACAAAGUGCUGACGAUCAACGAAUACACCGGCAUCGAUGCUCGUUCAGCGAUUGGGACCAUCGACCACCCGAUCGCCAACGGGCCUGAAGCCCCUUCAAUAGCCGAGUUGUGCGAGGUGUUCCUGGACGAGGGCGUGAAGCUGUCCGUGCAGGCAUGCCGCAAAGCUCUGGAACAAUGGGGUGGUGAUCUGUCAGAGAUCACGCACGUUGUUGCCACUACUUGCACCAACUCCGCCAAUCCUGGUUAUGAUCACUAUGUCGUCAAGCAGCUCGGCUUGGACCAGAGCAUAGAGAAAGUCCUCCUCCAUGGAGUCGGCUGCAGUGGAGGACUGGCUGCACUUAGAACCGCUGCCAACAUCGCUCUUGGCUCCAGCUUCCGUCGAAAACCAGCGCGCAUUCUGGUCUUUGCCUGUGAAGUUUCUAGCACCCUCGUUCGAUCUGAACUGGACUCGAUACACAAGGAUCAGGAGAUCAGGAUAGGUGUCGCGCUCUUUAGUGACUGCGCGUCCGCUGUGGUCCUGGGAAAUGGCUUCAGCGAUCGAUACGAUGAAGAGCCGAUUCUAGAGCUUCUGGAUUGGGAUCACCGAAUCAUUGAAGACACUGAGAAGGAUCUCGGAUUCGACGUCGACCCUGUCGGUUGGAAAGUCGUCUUGACUCAGCGAGUUCCCAAGCUUGCAUCGGCAGCAGUGCCGGCCAUGUUCGAGGAUCUGGUCGGAUCGAUUCCCGAGUUGGUCGAUGCAGGCAAGUUCAAAGCUGCCGAUUACGACUGGGCGCUUCAUCCUGGUGGUUCCACCAUUAUCACUGGAGUUGAGAAGACCAUGCAUCUAAAACCUGAACAUCUUCGCGCCAGUUAUGAGAUAUACAUUUCGCAUGGAAACAGUUCCAGUGCAACCAUCUUCAGUGUAAUGAAACAGCUACUGAAGGGAGAUACCACCGAGCACAUUGUCGGAUGCGCCUUUGGGCCAGGUAUAGCUGUGGAGAUGAUGAUCUUCAAACGUGGCAUCUCGGGGUCGAGUUCGGAAUCAGCAAGUCCGACAGCAUCUCUACCAGAGACACAGAGUCCUCCAUAGAGAGAGAGAGAAGGCGUCAUGGUACGCCUUACGAUGUCACCUACACCUUUGCCAGUGUCCUUAGAUACUCCGUAAGAAGAAGAGAAUCGGUACGAGGUAGGUAGAUGUGCUUCGCCACAGAAAUACAGCGAAUUAGAAACGGGUCGAAUCCGGCUU